AUGAGUCAACAACAAGGAAAUAAUAAAGAAGCAGGAUGGGUUAGAGUCCAAAUUCAAUUAUUCACAUUAUGGAUGGAUGAAGUACUUCAACAAAGACAAAUGGGAGUAAAAGAUUUAGCUGUUGAUCUUAAAGAUGGAAUUCGAGUCAUUAACUUCUUUGAAUUACUUUCAGGAAAGACAUUAAAAGAAAAAUAUGAUUUAAGACCAAAGAAUCGUAUUCAAAUGGUUCAUAAUUUACAUUUAGCAAUGCAAUUUCUUGAAAAAGAAAUGUUAGUAAGAAAUCCAGGAUGUUUUGCAGAAGAUGUAGUUGAUGCAGAUAUUCAUGGAGUUAAAUUAAUUUUAGGUCUUCUUUAUACAUUAUAUAGAAAAUAUAGACUAAGUGUAUUAGUUGAUAAAAAGAAAGGAAAAAGUAUGAAGGAAGAAGAUGCACUUUUAGAAUGGGUAAAAGAAGUUACUGAUGGAUAUGGAGUUACUGUAGAAAAUUUCAAACAUUCUUUUAAUGAUGGUAAAGUGUAUUUAGCAUUAGCCCAUGUUAUUAUAUUAUUUAAUCAAUUAACUGAAAAAUAUGAAAACUUUACAGCAGUUGGAGAAGAUGAUAAAGAAGAAAUUAAUGAUUUAACUAAAGAAAUAGAAGAAAUUAGAAAAAUGGUAGAAGAAAGAAAGAAACAAUUAGCUGAAAUGAAAGAAAAAGAAGGAGAAUCAAUGGCAAGUAAAUUUGUAGAAGAAAAUAAAAGGUCAGCCGAAUUAGGAGAUAAGAAGACUGAUUUAGUUGAAGAAAUAGAAGAAUUAGAAGAAGAAGUUAGUGUAUUAAAGAAAACAGUUCAAACAGCACAAGAUGAUUGUGAUGAAGAUAAGAAAGAUUUAGAAAAAGCAGGAGAAUUACAAAAAUUGUAUUUAAAUAUUCAACCAUUAGAAGAAAAUUUGAGAAGACAAAUUGUCGAUUUACAUAAAUGGGCUCCUUAUUUGAAAAGUGAAGAAGGAUUUGGACAAGAAGAUCCAAAACUAAAAACACUAAACGAACCAAAAGAAGGUGAUUAUAAAGAAGUCUUUAAGGAAAUGGCAGAAGACUUAGAAAAAGAAAAUGAUGAAGUUGGAAAAAUAUUAGUUCAAUUAAAGAAAGAACAAUUACAAAAAGAACAAAAGAAAACUGCAAAAGUUGGUGUUAAAAAACCAGUAGUAAAGAAAGAUAAGAAAUAA